AUGGGUGGCGAUAUAGACAGCUUUCGACGAUAUUCGGCAGGAUACAAGUUGACCAUUACCAUCGCCCUGACUAACGUAACCCUUCACAAAUCCACCGUCACCCGCGAGAACCUUGAGAACUACAAAAAUUUGAUUGGGGCUGCUACUGAAGAUCUACAGGCACAUCUUGAAACUAUCAAUAAGAAGCUUGAGAUGCCCCUUCAGAGGACGGAGACCGAUUCUAGCUCAGAUUCACUCGAGGCCGACUGA